AUGACACCUGUUCUAAGCCGUCUACGGACGAUCAGCACUUUUGUGCUUUUAAUGCCAAUGGCAAUGUCUAUGAUAGUGAUCGAUAGUAAAUCUUACGAUACUGCUCAUUUGGAUAUUUCAACGGAUCCUUUGGUGGACACAACGACGGAGCUAAACUUUUAUUCGCUCCCGGACAAUAGAACCGUAGCCGCUCCGAUGCACUUAACGCUGGACGAAAGGAUAGAGCUGGAGAAACUCACCUGGCACUGGUAUCCUUGGCGAAGGAUCAACUACAAUGUACUGCCCGACGGGAAGAAGGUGCAGGUAUUUUGCUCCGGCGGUUCCUCAAUGGACGAUUUGCCCGAUGACAUAUUUACGCAGGAACAACGAAUGCAGGGUGCUAUCGUGCUUCACUUCGUUGGAGCGAUCUAUUUCUUUACGAUGGUAGCGUACAUUUGUAGCGAAUAUUUUCUGCCAUCAGUUGAGUGUAUUUGCGAGGAUCUUAAUCUCACACAGGAUGUUGCAGCCGCUACUUUUAUGGCCGUCGCUUCCACCAUGCCGGAGUUCUUUACCAACACCAUCAGUACCUUCAUUGCAGACUCCGACAUGGGACUCGGGACGGUUAUGGGAUCGCUGCUCUUUAACACACUUGGUGUGGCAGGAUUGGCUGGGUUGGCAACGAAAUCGCCUGUUCAGUUGGACUGGUGGCCGUUAACGCGUGACUCGAUCGUAUUCUCAGCACACGUGGCGUUACUGAUUGGAUUUGCCUGGGAUGGCCGCAUCUAUUGGUACGAGGCAAUGGUGUUCUUCAUCCUGUUUUUCUUUUACUUCGUACUGAUGUUUCAAAACAAGCGACUAAUGAAGAUUGCGAAGAAGUACAUCGAAGUGAAGUGGAAUUUGUGUGCGCGCGUCAUUCGCAACAUCGAGGAAGACGAACGGAUUGCAGCGGAAGCGCAGAUGCAGCAGGAAAUUGCCACCAUUCCAAAUCUUGCACGGAAAACGCUCGAGAAACCAGCGUUCCGCGCAUCAACGGCUUCCAUUUUGUCCGAACAAAUGGCUGAGACCAAGAUGAAAAUGGGUGAAUUACAGAUUCCCGCUCGACAUGUUGUAGAAGACCCUGGCGAGUAUGAUGAUAUGACACUAUGGAAGAUCUCGUCCGAAACUUGGUACCGUGCGGUUUGGUGGUGGUACAGUUGGCCACUACGAUUCAUCACCUACUUUACCAUCCCGCCACCUGCAACGAUGCGCCGAUGGUAUCCAUUAACGUUCAUCAUGUGCAUCGUAUAUCUUGCCGGGUGCGCCUUCAUGACCUUCUGGUUGCUCUCAAUCAUCGGGUACACUUUCGACAUUCCCGAGUCGGUGAUGGGUUUGACAUUCCUGGCCUUUGGUGGUUGCAUGCCGGAAGCCGUGUCCGCAGUAUUGGUUAUUCGCUCUGGCAGCGGUGCCAUGGGUGUAUCAAAUGCGAUGGGAGCCAACUCUCUCGCAAUCUUAUUUUCGCUAGGUUUGCCAUGGUUCAUCCGUACGCUGGCUGAUGGUGGCAGUGGUAACAAUUCCUAUCUUGUCAUUGCCUCGUACGGCAUGCAAUACUCAAUCAUUGCACUGCUCGGUGCAACUGCAUGGCUGUACGUAGUGAUCUACAUAGCUGUGUACAAGCUAAGAAAGCGCGUCGGCUUGAUUUUGUUCCUCGGAUACGGUAUCAUUGUUGCCUUUAUGAUAUUGAACGAGCUGGAUGUUAUCAUACCCUCCGGUGAGGAGUGCUAG